GAUUCGGUGUUAAAGUUGCAGUCCACCCAUCGGUCAGAAGCUAUUUGGAAUGGACAGGAUCCAGGGGCCCUUACUUGCCGUGGCCGUACUGAAGAGUUCUCAAACCGAGAACCAAUGGUAGAUGAUCGAGUUGUUGACAUUAUUAAGGCAUUGGGGUUGGAGGGACUGCUGAGGCAGCCGGGUAGAGAGCUUGACCACGGCCUAAUUACAGCCUUAGUGGAGCGAUGGCGGCCCGAGACUCACACCUUCCACAUGCCACAUGGUGAGAUGACCAUUACAUUGCAGGAUGUGGAGGUGAUUCUCGGGCUUCCUAUCGAUGGUGACGCUGUAACAGGGAGCACACAGAAAACUUGGACGGCUGUGUGCGAGGAGUUCCUUGGCUUUCAACCUAUAACUCAAGACCAGCAUAAGGAACUUCAUGGCCAAAGGAUUCUCAUCAAACGGCUUUUGGAGCAAGUUGCUAAUCCAUUGCCGCCUAAUGCCGAAGAGGAUGAGCUGUAUAAGUACGCACGAUGCUAUAUCCUAGCGCUACUGGGGGACACAAUAUUCAUGGACAAAUUUGGCGAUAGGGUGCAUCUAAUGUGGGUGCAGCAGUUGGAAGACCUUCGCAACCCACGAAGGUACAGUUGGGGGAGUGCUUGCCUUGCAUGGUUGUACCGAGAGCUAUGCAGGGCAAGCCAUAAGGAAACCAGUCAAAUCGGUGGAUGCUUACUGUUGGUGCAGUAUUGGGUAUGGGCCAGGUUUCCUUACUUGUGCCCGGCAAUUGAGCGUGGCCCACCAGUAGGCGCUUAUGGUCCUCCAGCGCGUGGUCCUCUGUACUUGAAGUGGGCGUGGGUCCCAAACAAGAAAAACAGGCCUGCCCACAUCUUCAGGGAUAGGUAUCGCCAGCAAAUAGCUUCAAUGCUGCCAAGCCAGGUGGUGUGGCAGCCGUACGAAGCCCAUUUUGAGGACCUUCCGCCAUGGUGCGUUGCAGGGAGGGCUGUGUGGACGGCAACGGUGCCGCUUGUAUGUUUCCACCUAGUAGAGAUACAUACACCGGAUCGUGUCGUUCGUCAAUUUGGGAUGAUCCAAGAAAUUCCCGAAGAUGUUAACACUGACCCCGUGCUUCAUGCCAUUGAUUUGAGGGGGAAGGUGGGCGUUGAUUGGAUGCGGAAACAUGCCACCCAUUUACUAAAUUGGGGUAACCGCCUUCAACGGUGUUGUCAAGCAGUGCUUGGUGAUAUGCCUCCACAGCAUGAGUACUUCGACUGGUUCAAAAGGGUGACUCGGAGGUUCAUUGAUGUUCCUGGUGCUACAUUGACUAUACUGGUAACUUCUCCACAUCUUGUACAUUUUACCGUACUCCUUAGCAUGAAACAAUAUUGCAUGCAUGAAGCAACAUUACAAAUUUGAUAAAAAUCAGUUUUAGAAAAUUCGGUAAACAUGUUACUAAUUUAUUCAAAAAGAGGGUAUAGAAGAGCGGAUAUGAAGAAAUUAGGUUUUAUACCAUUGGUGCUAAGAAUAAGGAAGCAUCUGCAACCCGGGAAGUUAUUAUCACGUUUGGCUGGUACUUCUCCAAACAUUCAACAAUAGGAGCAGCUCCUACAUAUGUACUAGCACCCUUAAUACAUUAAGACAAAAAGAUAGGAUUCAGAUUUACAAAGUAGUAAUAAAAAAGAGGGGAAUUUCAAUAGUGAUUAAAUAAUUCAUUAAAAGAAAAGGUUUAUUUAUGCAAGCAUCACAUGCUAAUGAAAAGGUGCCUCAGAUUAUGUAGCCAGUGUAGUCAAAGGGAAAAAAAAAUGAACUUAAGGCACAUCCUCGUGAGUUGACAAAAAAGUGCUCACCUGAGUGAACCAAGGUACUGAACUCUAAAUAUAAAUAUUAUAAAUUGUAUGUAUCUAAUGCUUGUUAGGCAUGGUUUGAAUUUUUCAAACUUUACAGUAAUCUCAUAUAUACAAUUAAAAAAAAAAAAAAAAAGGAGAGAACCAACUAUUAAAGCUAAAAGAUUAUGAUUGAAAUCUAAAAAAAUAUAUA